AUGGCGCUCAUCCUGAAAAGCAAAACAACCAGCUGCAACGACAACACAUACCUUCUCAUUACAGCGGAAAUCAAAUUUAGCAAGAUGAAACCCAUGCCUGUUUCAAUAUUCAACUGUGGAUUGAGGGAAUUAAUUCACAAUGAAUUGCAAACUGGUUUCACGCACCAUCCCCAAAAAGAAUCGCUUCAGGUCUGUUUUGUGGAGCUCUCUCAAAUGGUAAAGCUGCCGCCGCCAUUUGAUUUCAGAAGCUAG